AUGCGGGAUGAGCGCGACGCACCGCCAAGGAUUAUGGACGAUCAUCGGCCACUGAGAGAUCCCAGAGAUGAUCGCUCUCCUCGUGAACGCGAUCUCAUCAGGCCCAAGGCGGAAAGAAAUUCUUUGACUCACGAGCAGCAACCGCAAGCCAAGGAAAUAUCGCCACCGCCCAUCGCACCGUCAGCGCCCGCAUACGGAUCCAUAGUCCCCAGCAGGCUUCCAUCUGCCGGAGAGAUACAAACUCCCACAGGCAAAGCGCCGCCUACGGGGCCACGCGCUUUGACAGAGGAGCGGCCCGUAUCAGCCGGUCACCAGGCAGGAAGUGAGCGUGGGCCAUCUGUUGGACCAUCCAAAGCUGCCAGUCACGACGGUAGCCCUCCGAUACCAACUGGGCCUCGUGCACAGCAGCAGCAGCAGCAGCAGCAGCAACCGCCACCGCAGCCCAGGCCGUCGAGCAAACAGUGGAUUAACCCAGCAAUCAGUGGUAAAAGAGUGCCCGAUUCGCCCAAGUUGAACAGAUCGCAGAGCUUCGCAUCGCAACAUCCAAGGCCUUUCGAUCAUCGCCCUGCCUCUUCGGGCUCCGAGCGUCAAAAUGAGUAUGGAAAUCGCCCGACUAGUAGUGACGCCAAGUCGGAUGCUCACACGGAUAGUCAUCUCCAUUCGCUACAUAUGGCCGAGCCCGGAGAGAUCCUGCCUGAUCACGUCGUGCGGGAGACGCAAUCUGCUAGGGCGUCGAUAGAUCGUGAGAUGCGACCACCUUGGUCGGCUGUGGACAGCUCCAUGCCGCCGUUUGGAUCAGCAGCAAGCAUUGCACGGGCUUCGCCUACUCGACAACGCCAGCCCACGGCGAGCCCUGUUAUGCAGAAACACAGCAGAGACGGUCAGCUCACUCAGACUCCUGCGCAGACCCCGGCUCCACGGCCAAAACCACGCCGCAAGCCCAUAUUACGAGUUUCUGCAUCCCGUAUCAAUGCAUCGCCCAAGGAGACUCUAAUCCCACCAGUAGUUGAUCAAUCUUCUGACUCGGAUGAAGAGGAUAUGAACGAUUAUUUUGAGAUGGAGAUUCAAAAGGCUGAGGCGGAAAUCAAGAAGCUCGAUGGUGAUGAGCCGUCGAACUCCCCACAAGAUGCGAUUGCAUAUGCUCGUUUGAUGGUGAUGGCGGCUACACGCUUGAUUUCAGAGCCCAGCAGUCUAGGAGAAAUUAUAGGAAUGGUCCCCGAAAAGCAGAAGACACCCAGGCCAGAAACACCUCCUGCCUCUGAGAUGCAGGUUGAUGCACCUGCUCCGGGGCCGCCAGAAACCAAAGCUACAGCUGACCAUCCUUCCCAACCCCUUGCUUGGUCUCCUGCUAGAGCCCCUGCUCAGUCUACUGCUAAACCCUCUGAUCAAUCUUCUGCCCAAUCUUCUGCUCAACCCCCUGCUCAAUCUCCCGUUCAGGCUCCCGCUCAACCUCCCACUCAACCCCCUGCUCAGCCUCCUGCUGACCGUCCUGCUCGACCUGAACCUGUAACCAAACCGGAGGCCGAUCAAAAGGCAGAGAAGGUCAAGGAACCCGCUCACAAUCCAGAACCCAAGAUCGAAGAUGUUGAGAUGCAGGAUGUAAACGUUCCCAAUCCUGUGCCCGAAAACCUUGUGCCCGAGCCCCGCGAUGUGGACGUUGUCAUGGAAGAUGCCGCAGAACCCCCACCUGUUGCUCCGCCGGUGCCAUCGAUAGAGCAUCCCGUACCUAAUGGCGUGGUGACAAAUGGCGAUGUACCUGCUCCGCCGGUUCCUGAGCAAGAAGCCCCCGUGGAAGAGCCUACGAGACCCAAUUCACCAGAUAAGAUGGAGGAGGAUGACGAUGCGACCGAAAUCGAUGACUCGGACUACGCCACGAUCGAGUCUGCACGGCAGUAUAUGGUCACACCGCCAUUGGAAGAUUUACCCGUAUUCGAUGUGACCCCGUGGCACGAGGAUGGGGCGUUGCUCAAGUCGUUUGUACCUGCAGACGGCAUCACACAGCUAGUUAUGCAGCGGUUCAAGCAAGAGUCAGGUGUGAAACUUGACGAGAUAUCGGCCGCUCAGCGCGAAUAUCUCUCCAGGUACGAGGGAUAUGUACGUUCGAACCUCGCGGAUGCACCUGGCGGUAUCAAGUCCCGUGACAAGAACGGAGGCGCGGGUCAGGCAGGCGGAACCAGUCCGCGAACCGCCCCCGAGCCCAGACCAGAGGGAAGGAGGGCGGGCAGGUUCGCGACUGAAAGAGAUCUCGAACGUGUUAUUCAAGCCAGUAGAGAAGAGGAAGAAGCUAGACGUGAAGCUGCAGCGAGAGCCAAGGAUAAAAAGGAUGAGAAGCCUGUUUCUAAAGAGGCUACGAUUCCCAACAUGUUCUGGAACGAUGAAGAACGCGCCAAGGAACUUUUUAUCGACACAUCUGGGCUGGUCACUACCGAAAGACUCGUGGGGGUUUGGCACGUUCUUCCUCCUGUCUGCAAUUUCACAGAAGAGGAAGAGGCGCUGUUUGAAAAGGCCUACCUAGAGUUCCCCAAGCAGUGGGGUAGGAUCGCGGACCAACUGCCUAAGCGUGACUUUAGGUCGUGCAUACAGUACUAUUAUCUUAAGAAGAAGGAGUUGAACCUGAAGGAGAAACUGAAGAAGCAACCCAAGAAGCGGAAGAAGGGCCGCGGCAAGGCUAGGUCCAGCGCUCUUGUGUCUGAGCUUGGCAACGGUGAGAACGAGACGGAGGAAAACAACGGCGAGGGCGAGAAUGGAGAGCGUAGGCGGCCGAGGCGUGCCGCGGCGCCCACUUUCAGCUUUGAGUCUGCAGCAACGCCAACUCAUGCCGACUCGGAUGGAGCUGGCUCAACAGGAACCCCGGGUCGCCGCGCCAACGCUGCCAACAAGGACGGAAAUGGAACCGAGAAGCCCGAGAAGAAAACAAGAAAGCGCCAACCCAAGGAGAAGAAGACAGAGGUACCAAAGCUUUCCACAACCCUGGUACCGACGCCUCCGCUGGCCACAAAGUCUGUCACCAACCGUUCGAGGUCCAAUUCACGAGCCCAAGGGGGUCCGGAUUGGCCUUCACCGCAGAUCCCUUCCACACCUGGAACCAUGCCGGUGUUGGCACAGGGGAUGCCACCGCCAUUCGAGAUACCCUCACCUGGAAUGCAGCCUGGUGUUGUCCCUGCUCCCAUCGUCAACGCUGAACGGUCACCGGCCACACCGUUGCCGACUGCCGCUCCCGCUAGCGAGCCCGCGGCACCGCCCUUGCGCCCAGAUGUUCCUGCGCCAUCGCCACAAAGCAGCGUGUCAACAUUCGAAAUCGGGCAGCCGUCCGGCUCGGAGCGCGGGCGUGCGCAGGGUGGAGCGUCCAGCUAUUGGAGUGUGUCUGAAGCGAAUGACUUCCCGGCAUUGCUGAAGUCUUUUGGUACCGACUGGGGUGCAAUUGCUGCUCACAUGCAGACCAAGACUGCGGUAAUGGUUAAGAACUACUACAGCCGUCAAAAGGAUAGUGCGAAGCCCGAAUGGGAGCAGAUUGCCACCGAGGCCGAUCUCAAGAAACAACGCGGACAGAAGCGCCCUCCUCCGCCGACACCCUCAGGCGGCACUCGCGGAAAGAAAUAUGAUAGCACUCCGGCACCCAAUCUACCCCGGCCCAUCGUCUCUGCAGAGUCAUCUGACGCCCCGAUGCAGGCAAAGCUGGAGCCUCAGGGCCCUUCUCCGACCCAAGCACCACCUAUUUCGACGGCUCCGAAUCAGGCAUUUGGAAGGUUUCAAGUGCUCGCUCCACAAGCUCCUCCUGCAGCUUCUCCGACAUCUACCGUAGCUCCAACUACGCCUGCCCCACCGCAGGCUAUGCAGUCUCCCAUUGUGCAGAACCAGCCGGCAGCGGUACAACAAGCCAAGCCUGUUGUGGCACCCGUUGCCCAACAGCAGCCGCUUGUGCAGGCUGUAGUGUCGCCUAUUGCAUCGCCCUCUGUUUCGCAACCACACUCGCAAACGGUUUCUCCUCGGGCCCGACCUGUGAGAGGACCAGGGAUUGCACCUUUUACGUUUGCUAACCAAGAGAUGGAGCGGGAACCGCGCGAACGCGAGCGCGAGCGCGAGCGUGAAACACAACCUAUUGCAACAACCCAGUCACAGCCAGCUCGAGCGUCGCAGAAGCCCGUCGCAGCAGCCGCUGCUGCUGCUGCCGCCGCCGCCGCCAUGCCAGGUCCCAGUCACAUGGAACCAUUGGCACCGCAACGAACUGCUUGGUCUAACAACAACACAGAUAUCGACGCUCAAAUCAACAAGAUUGCCCAAAAGCGGAACCAGCGCAACGACGUCUUCAUACAGCAGCAGAUCCAGCAGCAGGCACGAGAAGAGUCGAGACAAGGCAGCGAGCGCUCCGGAAACACGCCGAUCCACAGCCCGGCACCGGCCAGGCUCAAGCAAGAGCCCGACGUGCCGCACUUGUAUGAUGCGUACCCUCCUAUGCCCCAAGCGCCUCCUAGGAGUGCUCCUAUGAGAAAUGAAGCGGCCCCAGUGCCAAGGCAGUCGGAACCGCCCCAUGCGCGUAUCGUCACUUCUGUACCGCCAGUGUUUGCUCAGCAGCAGCCACCGCAGCAGCCACAGCAGCAAGCACAGCCGCAGGCGAUUCAACAGCCCAUCCAGCAGCCCAUCCAGCAAUCCAUCCAGCCGCCCAUUCAGCAGCCCAUCCAGCAAUCCAUCCAGCAGCCCAUUCAGCAGCCUAUCCAGCAGCCUAUCCAGCAGCCUAUCCAGCAGCCUAUCCAGCAGCCCAUCCAGCAGCCCAUCCAGCAAUCCAUCCAGCAGCCCAUUCAGCAGCCCAUCCAGCAAUCCAUCCAGCAGCCCAUCCAGCAAUCCAUCCAGCAGCCCAUCCAGCAAUCCAUCCAGCAGCCCAUCCAGCAGCCUCCUCCACACAGGCCUCUGCACUUUGGCGAGCCUGGCCCGUCUGUUACUCCGUCUCACGGAUCUCCGAUUGGUAUGGAGAGGCCGCUGUCCAGGAUUCAACAGCGCCCAAUGCCUUCGGUGCUCAUGGAACAGCAGCAGCAACCGCAGCAACAAGUACCGCCUAGAGAGUCUACGCCUCAGCAGCCUCCUCCCAUGGCCGCUCCACCGGUCCCGGCACCAAGGCCUGCUGCCAAGACAUCUAACUUGAUGGCGCUCCUAAAUGAUGAGCCGCCGCCACCGCCAGCUGCUCCUCCCGCCUCCAAGAGGGUUUCCGAUGUGUCGAGCACCAACAAGGUCAAGGUUUCUUCGACACCUCCGCCAUCUGUCGUUGCGCGCCCGCCGCCUCCUCCUCCUCCGCAGUCGGCUGCGCCUUCGCCGUUGCGUGAGAGUCAGACUCCCAUGUUUUCUCAAUACCUGCGCAACACUCCGACUACUUCAGGGGUGCCGUCUCUAAAACCGUACGGUUCCGUCAACACGCAGUCUCCACAGCCACAGCACAUAAGCGUACCCAGACAGUCAGUUUCUGGUCACCCGAUGGAACAAGUGCCGGAGCGCGACUAUUAUGGUCGGCCACAAUAUCCUCCGCAGCACCAGUCUCCUGCGACGAACUCUCCUGGUGGUCAUCACUUCCCUCCGUCCCAGAGUCAGCAGGCGCCGGCAGGGUACCAAGGGCAACCGGCGCCGUAUGCUACUCAAUACGGAGCACCGGUCACGCAGCCGCACUCGGCAUCGCCAACGCCACAAUAUGCAGUGCAGUCCUCUAGGCGCGACCCAGGACCACCGCCUCCGGCCCGUGGAGAGCCAUCAUGGCAGCAGGAGAGGACCCCAAUGCAGAGCACUCAACCACCACUACACUGGCCACAGCAGCCACCUCCGCCCAAACACAGCCAGCCCCCACCACAGUCUGCAUGGGGCGCACAACAUGGCGGACCACCGAAGCCACCAUCUUCAGGUGGGCCACAACAAGGUGCAUGGUCGGGUGCUCCCCCUCCAGGGCAACAGCAGCCGCCUCAUCUUCACAUGGGAAUGCGGGAUGACAGGGGAUAUGCUAUGCAUGAUCCUCGAGAUUCCAGAGAUCCUCGGGAUCCUAGGGGAGAUCCAAGGGCAGACCCAAGAGGUGACAUGCGGGGAGAUCCUAGGGCAGACUUGCGGGGAGAUCCUAGGGCAGAAAUGCGGGGAGAUCCUAGGGCAGACAUGAGAGGAGACCCAAGGGAUUUGAGAGACAUGAGAGCGGAUCCCAGAGGGGACAUGAGGGAUCCCAGAGCGGAACUGAGGGAUCUAAGGGCAGAUAUACGGGCAGAGAUGAGAGAUGGAAGAGAAGACAUGAGAGAUCCACGAGAUCCUAGAAACCAGCCUCCUCCCGGCGGCGGGAUGGUGCAACAUCAGCACGGCCCUCCGCCACCUCAACACUACCAGCAACAUGCGCCGCCUCCACAGCAUCAUCAGCAGCACCCACACCACCAGCACUCGCACUCGCUAAGCGGGCAUCAAUAUCCACCCCCACCUCCUAGGGAUGAUCGACAGGGGCCGCCUCCACCGCAGCAGCAGCAGCAACAACAGGCUCCGCCGUACCCCAGAUAUGCUAGCACUCCGGGGCCAGGGAUGACUAGAGAGCCGAUUCCGCCACCACCGAGGAGCUACACGCCGGUUAGUGCCAUGUACGACAGAGGCGGGCCGCCGCCGCAACAGCAGCAGCCGUAUGGUGGACCACAGGGGCCGCCACCACCACAGAGGGGCGACCCGCUCAGGGAUCACAUGCAGAUGAGAGGCGAUAUGGGUGGGAUGCCACCGAGAGAUCCGAGGGAGCAGCAACACCUGCAACAACAACAACAACAACAGCAGCAGCAGCAGCAGCAGCAACACCAACACCAACACCAACACCAACAUCAACACCAACAUCAACACCAACACCAACAGCAGCAGUCAAUGCUACAGAGGCAGUUGAGGCCGCAUGAGGAGUAUCCUGGUCGGGAUCGAUACGGGCGAUAGAUUUGAAGGAAAGGAAAGUACUUGAUGGUAAAGAGAAGUACUUUUUGUUCUUUUGAGAAGACAUGCUCUUAUGUGCGGCAUAUAUAUUACACUUUUGUUUUCUUGUAUAGGACUUUGUCAUUCUAAGCUAUUAUUCGAACUUUUUUUUUCUUUUUCUUUUGUGGCGUGUUUGCGUGUUUAGAGCUUGUGCUAUCAGGUCUGUUGUGGUUAAUAUUUCUUGUCGCUGGCAGAGUCGUACACCUUGUGGCAUAUGGCUGUCGAUGGAGAAAAUGUGGUUCCAUUCAUGGCGUUUUCAGAGAGCGUAGAUUAUUUUGCAGAUAUACAAGGUAUUUUAUCUUAUACAUGAGCUUUAUUAUUAUUAACAGGAUCGGG